UUCUAUUUUUAAUUAUUACUAUUUAUUUAUUUAUUUAUUUUUCAGUCUCUCUCUUAUGAAUGGCAGAAAGUGAAAAGAAGAGAGGUUCCCGAAUCGGCAAAAUCACAACAACAACAACAAUGGAGGCGUUUCCUUCAUCGUCGCAGAUAGCCCAGCAAACCUGGGAGCUUGAGAACAACAUCAUCCCCAUGGAGACUCCUACUCCUCCGGCGACGGCGAAAUCCUCCGGCGGCGAUUCCUCCGACGCUGUCUUCUACUACGACGAGGCCGCCCAGGCCAAGUUCCAGCAGGAGAAGCCGUGGUCUAACGACCCUCACUACUUCAAGCGCGUCAAGAUCUCCGCCCUCGCCCUCCUCAAGAUGGUCGUCCACGCCCGCUCCGGCGGCACCAUCGAGGUCAUGGGCCUCAUGCAGGGCAAGACCGAUGGCGACGCCAUCAUCGUCAUGGAUGCUUUUGCCUUGCCCGUCGAAGGCACCGAGACUAGGGUUAAUGCCCAGGCCGAUGCCUACGAGUAUAUGGUCGACUAUUCCCAGACCAACAAGCAGGCGGGCCGGCUGGAGAAUGUGGUUGGAUGGUACCAUUCUCAUCCUGGUUAUGGAUGCUGGUUGUCGGGUAUCGAUGUCUCAACACAAAUGCUAAACCAGCAAUUUCAGGAGCCAUUUUUAGCUGUUGUCAUUGAUCCCACAAGGACUGUUUCUGCUGGCAAAGUUGAGAUCGGGGCAUUCAGGACAUACCCAGAAGGAUAUAAGCCUCCUGACGAGCCUGUUUCUGAGUACCAGACUAUCCCUCUGAAUAAGAUUGAAGACUUUGGCGUGCAUUGUAAACAGUAUUAUGCUUUGGAUAUCACUUAUUUUAAAUCCUCUCUUGAUAGCCACCUACUGGAUCUGCUAUGGAACAAAUAUUGGGUGAAUACUCUUUCUUCUUCGCCCUUGUUGGGCAAUGGUGACUAUGUUGCUGGACAAAUUUCGGAUCUAGCUGAAAAGCUGGAGCAAGCAGAGAAUCAAUUGGCUCAUUCCCGCUUCGGACCACUAAUAGCACCCCCUCAAAGAAAGAAAGAUGAAGAAUCACAACUUGCGAAAAUUACUCGUGAUAGUGCCAAAAUAACUGUGGAACAGGUGCAUGGUCUAAUGUCGCAGGUCAUCAAGGACAUUCUCUUCAACUCUGUUCGUCAGUCCAAUAGAUCUCACGCGGAGCCAUCUGGGCCGGAUCCAAUGAUUGAGAGUUGAUUUUUGAACCGGAUCUUUGCAGCAAUCGACAGAACCUUUUGUCUUGGUCAAGAGCUUACUAAUCUGAUCACUAUCCCAGGUGGCAGUUGCCAUAAUUCUGUCACCACUUUGUUUGCCGAUGUAAAUCCUUUAUGCAGCCUUUUUUCUUUUUUCUUUUUUAAACUUGGUUUUUGCUUAUUUUACUCUCCAUGCAUUUUUAUUCCUUGUCAAAGUAGUCAGUUGUUAGUUACAUAUGUUCGCCUGAAAGCCCCUCUCGUCCUGAGCCCACUUGGUUUGAAAUUGGCAGAGUGGCUUUAAUGGUUGGGUUAUUCAACAAGGUCUAAAUAUAUUUUACAAAGUUGAGAAUUUAAGAAAAUUUAUUACCUGGGGAAGAGCCUUGAAUGAUUUAAGUUGGGAUCCAUGAGAUUCCCAAACUUUGCAAUCUGUA